AUGAAGCCAUUCCACUAUAUUAAAAAUCGAAUUGAAAGAUUUUUUUACAAUGCUUAUCAGCGGCGUUUGGAAUCCGAAGCCAAUGCUUGGAAGAUCCCACGCCAUAUCGGUGUAAUUUUAGAUGGAAAUCGUCGCUAUGCUAAAGCCAGUGGACUUGACGACAUCAUUGAAGGGCAUUAUGAGGGUGCGAACAAACUCGAAGAGGUACUCCAUUGGUGCGACGAACUCGGGGUUGAAGUUUUCUCAAUCUGGAUUUUCUCCCUCGAUAAUUUCAAACGCGCAGCACAUGAAGUCGAAGGGAUCCUUGGGCUUAUUGAAAGGAAAAUGCGGGAGCUUGUCACCAUUGAAGGACUUCAUAGGAACCAGAUCAAAGUACGUGCGAUGGGGCAAAUAGAACUCUUACCAACCAGUCUGCAAGAAGCAAUUCGGGAGGCAGAAGAAGCAACGCAACAUUACGACAAGUUUAUCUUAAAUGUCGCUGUCGCUUAUGGUGGGCGAGAGGAAAUUAUUGAAGCAUUUCGGGGACACCUAAAAGCCGAAGGUGAGAGUGGUAAACCUAUCGACCAGAUUGCAGACGAACUCACAGUGGAUAAGAUUGCACCUUAUCUUUACACCUCAAACCUUCCGGAUCCUGAGUUAAUCAUUCGCACCAGCGGUGAGGUCCGGUUAUCAGGGUUUUUGCUUUGGCAGAGUGUUUACUCAGAAUUCUAUUUCUGCGAUACGUACUGGCCCUCAUUUCGGAAGAUUGACUUUCUCCGUGCUUUGCGGGCUUAUAGUCAACGAAAACGACGAUUUGGAAAAUAA